UUGUCUCUCUUUUGAAGUAAAUAUCACUCUAAAUUCUUGCUGCGUGAAGGAGUUAGUAUUGUCACUGUAAUGUAAAAAAAAAAAAUUCCACUCCAGACAAGCUUUGACUGAGAGUGACAGAUAGCUCAAAUAAACAACUGACUUAUCACCGCAUUUCCGCAAAUGAAAUCUUUAAAAUAAACCACUUUCUUAAUACAGUGAAUGCACCUGUUGCAUGACGUUUUGUUUAACUUUAAUGAGGAUGAAAAAGAUAUGCACGGGUGUGUCAUUUUAAUUGCCAACACUAAUUAUGACCCAUUAAAAAAAUAAUGUUUUAAGAAUGUACAAGUCGGUGUUGAAGGCAAGAUAUAUAAGACAUACACACCCCCACACACACAGUCUGAGGAUUUGGCAGUUAGAAGGAAAUACAUGGUACGAUCGCUCUGAAAAUUUCAGAAUUAAACAGCUCCACCUUUGUUAAUGAAAACUAUAUUGAGGUAAGUGUGAUUUUCCAUUUUGCCUUUAAAAAUAUAGGUAUAAUAAUAUUUACAUAUUAUAUAUGAUAUUUGUUGAAAGUUUCAACACGCUAGUUUUUUCAAUUCUUUUUCUUACUGUUUAUAGCACACCAGCUCAUGCAUUUUCACUCUUUUUUAUUCAUAUGGAGCCACUGAAUGAAUUAAGUGCAGUGAGCUGGCAUAUUGUAGAUUAUAUUUUCAAGAAUUUGAGCAAAAGAAAUGCCUAUCAAGUAAGUUUCCUUUUUCCGAAAGUUUCAUUUUUUCCAGGUCCCACCCCCCAUCAUCAACAUAAUGAGCAGCAAGUGGUCAUUCCUGCUAUCUGUGGGGCUGGUCCUCAGCCUCACAGGCCGAAUGCAAUGCUUCGAACCACUCUUUGCAAGUGGGUCCCUAACUCACAAGGACAUCACCAUAAGGGCAAUUGUUCAAAAGACUGCCGAGGUAUGCAGAGACAUUGCUGCUGUAAAUGGACAGGACUUCAGUCUGACAAUUGAUGACAGUCUAACCAUUGAACAAGUACUCGAGGCAUGCUUCUCCAGUUCCUCGUUACUGUCCAGUUUCCAGUUCAAUUCAGCCAUUGCUGAAAUUUUCUUAGCUAAUGCUUUCGUGGAUAGACGUUUGUUCGGUAACGUGCACCAUUUUGAUGAUGAGGCCUUCCAAGGAGGACGAGACAUAAUAACACGAGGUGUGGCUGAUGUGAAGGACAAUGUGAGAAGGGAAAACUUCGACAUAGCGCGUUUCAUCCUUGGAAUGACACUUCACACACUGCAGGCUUUCUACAGCCACAGCAACUGGGUGGAGUUGGGCAACCUGGCUCCUUACAGUGUUUUGAUAAGACCUGACCAACCCCUUGACAACCUGGCAGGCAUUGAUGUUCCAACUUGUAGAAAUUGUGACGGCGAUAACUGUGAUGACAACAUUUUGCCCAAUGUGUUGGCGAAUAGGCUUCUCACAUCAGGCUACUUCAGCCUCUUCUCUUCAGCAAAGCCAGACGGUAAAUGUAGCCAUGGCGGUUUGGACGACAGGACGAGCAGAACUCCACCAAUAGGUGGCAUCAAUAAGAACACAAUUGGUUCGGAGCACGGCUCAUUACACAAUCAAGCGGCCAAUUUAGCUAUAACUGCUACUAUGGAGCUUCUGGAGGAUAUCAGAAUAGCUGGAGGAGACAAGAAUUUCCUACGACUGAUGGGCCUCUCCCAGACUUCUGUGCUAUGUUUUGUCAUCGACACCACUGGAAGUAUGAUUGACGAGAUAGCCGAAGUCAGGAGACUUUCUGCUCAAAUUGUUGAAAGUAGGAGAGGAACCAUACUGGAGCCGCCAGCCUACAUAUUGGUUCCCUUCAAUGAUCCAACUUUCGGACCUCUACUAAGGACAAGCGACGCAGAUUUUUUCAUAGAUGAGAUCAAUAGGCUGAGGGCCUCUGGAGGUGGUGACCUCCCAGAGUUCAGCUUGUCCGGACUACAGCUUGCUCUGACCGGGGCUCCACCCUUAUCGGAGAUAUUUGUCUUCACUGAUGCAGCGGCAAAGGAUGCGUUUUUAAGGAACACCGUCAUUGCCCUAAUUGAGGAAAGAAAGUCCGUGGUAACAUUCAUUCUGACAAACAUCCUCUUGCCCGGAAGACGUAAAAGAGACGUUCAAAAUGCGACGUCUCGAAUAUUGCUUCCAGAAGCUUUGCAGUUGUACCGCGACAUUGCCAGGGCAUCUGGAGGCGAAACUAUUGAAGUCAGGAACUCACCGACAGAGUUCGCUCUGGCGACAUCUGUUAUCGAGGAAUCUCUAAGAAGUGCAACGGUGAUAGUUUUUCAAGAGGAAAGCAGCAAAUCUCAAACUUUCCAAUUUACCAUUGAUAACUCACUACAGAACGUGAUUAUCUCCAUUACAGGGAAUCCAGAUCUUACCUUUAAUCUCACCAGCUCAACUGGUGUAACUCAGAACUCAAGUGAGUCCAGUGGCCCUCUGGCAUCUUUUAUUUUGGUAGGUACCCUUCAUCGACUGAGGCUCAACAACGACAGUGAAACUGGACUGUGGAAAAUCAGUGUUGACUCCGAAGACCCCUUCUUAGUUAGGAUUACAGGUCAAAGUCCAGUGAACUUCAUCUACAACCUUGUGGAACCCCGUGAAGGACUCACAGCAAGAUUCUUUCCAUUUGUUGGGCGGCCAUUUUCAGGAAGUAAUGUUACCGCCCUGAUCACACUGACAGGAAGGGAGAAUGAAACUGUCUCAGAGGUCACGCUGUUUGACAGCGCAGGACCAACAGAGGUCAUCGGUACAUCAGAGUUUUUAGGAGGAACUGACUACCUGGUGACAUUCAAUGAGAUUCCAGAUGGUGAUUUUGUGCUUCGACUCAGAGGAACCAGCAACUCCUCAAAAUCAACUGCAAACAUGUUCCAGAGGCAGGCCGCCACUCAGAUCUCCACAUCUAAUGUUUCUGUUACUGCUCAAGUCAACAUCACCAUUAUAGAACCAGGCUCUACUAUCUUUAUCCCGUUCACUGUCUGCAUAAUGUCUAGAGGUGUAAUUAAUGAGACCACGGAUGCGACAUUCACAGUGCGCGCUACCAAUGACCGCGGCUUUGAAUCGUCGCCGCCAAUGUCUAUCACCGUACAAGCAGACAGUGGAGGGAAAGCCAAUGGCACCGUGAGCCUAACCGUUCCUGAAAGUGCAGAAUCAGGGACCGAUGUGACGCUGACAAUUGAGGUACAGAAUGAAGUUUCAGCUGAUAUCAACUUUGCUGUCGUCAGAUUUGGAGUUGCUAACAUGUCUCGUGACAUUACCCAGCCAGUGUGCAUGAAUGGCCGCGUAACUGGCAACUGCUCAGUCGAUUCAUCAAUGUGCAACUCCUCCCAGUGGUCAUAUGUUGUUGAAGUGACUGACGGAGUUAAUGGAACAGGUAUUGCCGGCAUCACUAUCCGCCAAGGGAACGGCACACUCAACACGAGCACAGUGUCUGGGCCCGGUGGGGAGAACAUCACAGUGGCUUCCUACCAGGCUUCCUGCUGUGCAGACAGGGUGGCGCUGGCUGCUGUAGACAAUACAGGAAACGUGGGCGUUUGCAUGGCCCAGGUGGCUGAUCUUUUUUCACCAAUGUGCCUGGAGGUCAGUACAUCCAGCUGUCCAACCUCUUCAUCACCCUGUAGCUCCUCUCAGUGGGAAUAUGUGGUCGACGUGACUGGUGUUAAUGGAGUUAGCAGAGAGAACGUUACUAUCCUUUUAGGGGAUGGUACUCUCACCACAAGCACAGUGGUUGGACCAGGUGGUGAGAACAUCAUUAGGGCUUCCUACCGAGCCUCCUGCUGUGCAAACAGAGUGGAAUUGUCUGCUGUGGACAACCUGGGAAAUGACGUCAUUUGUGUAGGCCGGGCAAGAGAGGCGCCCACCAAUGUCCCGACAAUUCCAACGCCGAUCCGACUCCAAGUGACAACCAACAGUACGGGCACUGGAGGGCACACCGUGAGCACAACACUUCAUGUGUGGAUACCUGUGGUGAUACUACCACUUUUGAGAUGUGUUUUAGAACUUUAGAAUUUUCCCUCAUUAAUGACAUAGGAUCAGCGCCGGCCCAGGCCAUUUGGGGGCCCUAAACAAAAUAAUGCAAACGGGCCCAUAUUUUUGGCCCACCAUUUCGUCACAGUGUACUGUGAAACCCAUACAUGCUAUCCAACCCAUACGUCCAUAUUUUGUAUAUUAAUCAGAUUUUUUUGCACUGCAUACUUCAAACUUCUCACCCAAAUGAUUGUCAGUACUUACAGGAGAUAGCGCCAAACCUUUUUCUAAAAGAGGAAAGAAAGAAAGUUAAGGAAGGACUUUUAUUUUUUUAAACUUGUAAUCAAGUAUCAAAACUCACAAAAGUCAAAAAAAGCAAACUGUAGUAAACAAAAUAGUAUGUAAAUUCAACAAUUGCCAGAUUGGGGGCCCCUAGUGGUCAGGGGCCCUAAGCAGCUGCAUAGUCUGCGUAUGGGCUGGGCCGGCCCUGCAUAGGAUUACGAUUGAACCCGCCAGAAAAUAGCAAAGCCAUGAUUAAUGAAUGCUUUCUAGGGCUGCAGCUAUCAAUUAUUUUAGUAGUCGAUUAAUCGUUGAACUAGUUAGUUAGAAUAAUCGAGUAAUCGGAUAAGGAACAUGAAAAAUUAAAAUACCUGAGCUGGACCUCAAACGGUAUAAAAACAUUUUUUAAAAUGAAGAUAUAUGUACAACAAAAGAACAAUUGGCUAACUUACAUAGGAAAAGUCCGCUAGCUUAAAUGCUAUAAAAUGCUAACUAAUGCUAAUGUUCUUAACAAAUGGUUCAGAUACAUAUUCCCACACACAAAAAAAAAAAAACUAAGCUAAAUAUACCUAUACACUAAAUUACAAAUGCAUUGUAGAAAAAAUUAGCUUAAACAAAAAAUAGUUUAUUUUGGUCUUAACAAGCAGCAGCUGGAUUCAGCCAUGAAAUGAGGCAGACUAGAGGGCAGAGUAUCCACCCAAAUCAAUAAAAGUAAAUGCAAACACUUUCAAAAUAAACCAUUACAACGCCACUUUAAUUAAACGAAUACUUGAAGCAGCAAAAUUUAAUUCGAAUCUUUUUUUCUAAUCGAAUACUCGAGUUAAUCGAUUAAUCGUAGCAGCACUAAUGCUUUCACACACAUAAUGUUGAUAAUUACCAAGAGGGCAGCAAAAAAUAAAGCUCACUUCAACAUCGUUCC